CCAACAGCUCAUGACAGUAAUUGUUCCUAUUGUUUUUAUAUGGAUCAUGUUGAUUGGUGUUGCAGGGAAUGGAUCGCUGGUCUACAUCGUCUUACGGGAAAAGGCAUUGCGAACUGUUCCGAAUGCUUUGAUAGUAAAUCUUUCAGUUGGAGAUUUAUUGUUACUGAUAUUUUCGGCACCUUUCUUCACGAUUGUUUUUGGAAGUCAGAAGUACCCGUUUAAUGAGUUCGUAUGUAAAAUGAACGCUUAUCUACAAUCAUUGUGUCUAGGAGUUUCUAUAUUUACACUCACUGCCCUCAGUUGGGACAGAUACGUUGCAAUAGUGCAUCCUAUGAAUAAACACAAAGGGAAACCGAGUUUGAAAAUCGCCAUUAUAGUUGCAGUCAUUUGGAUUACUUCGGCACUUAUUGCUAUAUCAGAUGCUUGGAGUUACACUUUAAUAGAAGGACCCGGCGUGGCAAUUUGUUUUGAAGUGCCACCGAGCAUUCAUGGAAGGAAGUAUUUACAAGCUCGAGGCAUAUCGAGAUUUCUUCUACUUUUCGUCAUUCCAUUAUUAGUUAUAGGAUGUUUUUAUGUUUCCAUGGCAAAGAUCUUGGUGAAAAGUAGUCGGGAGAUGCCUUGUGAGACAACAGUCGGAUCGUCUAUGAAUCGACAACAACAGCGCCAAGUCAGAGACAGAAUUAAAGUUGCUAAAUUCGUUCUUUCUUUAGUUGCUAUGUUUGUGUUUUGUUGGUUGCCAAGGCAUAUUUACGUCAUGUGGUUUGCUUGGGAUGACGGUGGCAUAACUGACUUUUGGAUGAUAUUCAAGAUUAUGAGUAUAUGUUUGAUGUAUGCAUAUUCAUGUGUAAACCCGUACGCCCUCUUUUGCCUAAGUAGACAGUUCCGGAAGUACUACACGUUCUACUUAUUCCGCUGUUGUAGAAGAACUCGGUAUCGAACGAACGAGUUCCGGCGCGGGAGCGCGUCUAUGACCAUUGUCAAAUCGAAUUCAGAUAAUAUAUGAAAAAAACGGAACACAAAAGUUGGAUCAACCAAGUAGAAAGAUAGUGAAUUAUUUAUUUUUUCGUUCUAUGGUUCGUAAAAAGUACGAUUGAACCAAAGGAUAAAACCUAAAUAACAUUCUGAUUCGUUGCUGGACACAAAAUUGUUCGAAUAAAUCGAAUUGUCACUGUUAAAACUAGUAAAGAAAGAUCCAAUUAAUAAAUAAAGGCUUCUUUUGGGUGUAAUCUUUAAAUGUUUGGACAAUUUCAUUGUUUGUAACUUAAUAUGAAACUCACGUCAUUGGAUGGGUUUUUUAUGGUCUGGGCCAGCCUAUUGCAACAUUUUGUGUAAUACACCUUGCAGAACCUAGAAUGCCUUACAUUAUAGAGUGAUAAAUUAACUGUAGAAUUUUAUGAGCUGCUGUGCAUAAAAUUGAUGUUGAUAAGAACCAAUUAGAAAUAUAAAACCCAAUUUGAAAAAUAAAUUAAUUUAACUUAAAUUUACAGAAAACAUUUGCCGUAGUUUUGGAAACACGUCAAAUACAUUGGACUUGUGAAAUUGAUUUCCUUCAUCAAAUGAACAUGUUAUCUAAUUAAGUUGAAAUCUCUGAUGUCCGUGAAAGCGAUCAAAGUAAUUGGAAACUAUCUUUAUUGGCAGAAAUGAUACCGAUUAUUAAAAGUUACGUUAAAAAUUGUAUGUUUUUACAACUUUCAAUUAUCCACCGUUUUGAAGACGUUACACAAGUAAGAAGAUUGUGUAACUAAGUUGGUAAUUGACAGUUAUUUUGAAUCAUUAUGUAACAUUUCGAGUGUAUUUCUGUGAUUAAAAG